CUCGAAACCGUACUACAACUACAAAACAACGUAUACUGACUAUUAGUGUUGUCAAGAAGUGUUUUUACUUUUGUAUACGUAUUACUACACUUACUGUAACUAUCAUUGAAUCAUAGUUUGUAUCCCAAUCCAGUCAUAUCACCCAUAUUUGUAUUACUAUUACUAUUAUAAAAAUAAAAUAAAUUAUUCAGUAUAUGAGUUAUCCAUCACCAUUUCAUAAAAUAAUUGCUCAUAAAAAGGGUUUAUUCGAAGGUAGAAACUUUCUUGUAUCAACAGAUACAAUAAAUUGGAUCCAUUCUCAUAUCUUAACUAUUACUGAACAUGGUCAAUUAUAUUCAUCAGAUGAAAAUGAUAAUCAUUAUCUUUUAUUACAAUCUUUACAAUCUUGUUAUGUUCAAAUAUUUCCAACUUUAGUAACAAAUACUGCAGCUUUAACCAAUUCAACUUCAAAUAUAACGAAUUCAAAUUCAAGAAGAUUAAAAUUACCAACUACAAGACGUUCUGUAUCUGGUUCUUCAGAUUCAAGUUCAAAUAAUUCAUCAAAUGAAUCUCUGGAUCCUCCUGUAAUAUUUAUAAGAACUUAUGAAAAUGAUAAAUUAUAUUUAAAAAUUGCUUCAAAAUCAAAUUUCGGAAAUUUAAUAAGUUGCCUUAUAGUUUGGCAAUCACUUAAACCUCAAGGUCUUGUAAAAAAAUGGUAUUGUGAAAAUAAAGUUGAUAUUUCAACAACUAAUCUGAAAAAUCCUCAUGAAUUAUUAGUUUGUAGAUUUAAAAUUUAUGCUCCAAUACCUGCUAAAUCAAAAAAUUUGAAUUUUGUUUAUGGUUUAAAGGCUCCUAUUUAUCAACCUUUAAAUAUGAAUGAAACUAAUAAUAAUAAUGAUGAUUCCUUAAAUAAUGGUAUAAAUGAAUCUUGGUUUUAUGUAAUGGGAGUUUUAAAAUCAAAUGGAUUAUUAAAUUUCAUAACUGAAAAUGAUGGAACUUUAAUUUAUUCAAUAGAUAUAAAAUCAAUUUUAUCUUCAGAAAUUAGACAAAUGCAUCAUUCAAUUUUUGAUAAUUCAAAUGUUUUAUUUAUUGGUCAAUUAAAAGAAUUAAGAAAUCAUAAUAAUCAAAUAUCUUCUUCAACUCCAUUUUUAGUAAGAGAUGGGAAAUUAAUUGCUAAUAAUUCAAGAAUAUUAAUUGAAUUUCCUCUUCAUAUUGAUUUAGAGGAUUGGUUUGUGGGAUUAAAUUAUUUCUCUAAACGAGAAUAUAUUGGAUGUUAUAGUCCCAAACUGAAAUUAAUUACUCCAUCUCGUGAAUUACCGCCUCCUUUAGCAAAUUAUAGUCGUGAACAUUUUCGAGUAUCUAAAAAGAUUACUAUUGAUAUAAUAGAAGCUAAAUUUGAUUCUUUACCAACGAAUUCUAAAUCAAGUAAAAUUUAUGCUGAAGUUAGAAUGUGGGGUUUACCUUGGUCUCGUACGGCUAUAGUAAAUCAUUCAGCCAAUCCAUUUUGGAAAGAAGAAUUUUCUACUGAUUUACCAAUUCUGACCCAAAUGAUUCAUAUUGUAAUAAAGAGAUGUUCAUUCAAUGAUUCAACUUAUCUGGCAGGUGAUAAAGUAAUUGGAACAGUAUAUGUUACUCCAGAUAUAUUAACAAAACAAAGUAGUAAUGGUUCUACCACUAUAAUGCUGGCUUCAACUAAUGGUGCCAAUACAAUAUCGGCAUCUGGUCCUGGUCAUACAUUUAAUAAUAGUAUUAGUACUAAUAGUAAUACUAUUAACAACAACAUUAAUAAUAAUAUUACCAGUACCAAUACAACCAGUAUUAGUAAUAAUAAUAAUGAAAUCGUCAGACUAACAAUUUAUGAUACUACUAAUGUACCCAUUGGGAAAUUAUUAAUUAGUGUCAAAUUAAAAGAACAUCAUAUCUUACCUCCACAACAUUUUAGAAGCUUUGAGAAUAUGUUAGUUCAUUCUCCAAUGAAAGAUUUAAUUACAUUCAUUAAUAAUAAUAUUACUCCCGGAGCUUUUGAUGAGACUGCCAUAAUGUUAUUGGAUAUUUUCCAAAGUUUAGGAGUUGAAGAAAGAUGGUUUAAAUCCUUAAUGGAAUAUGAAUUAACUGGGGUAGAUGUUAUAACGAGAAAGAACUUUGCUAAGAGGAAUAGUGAGGCAAUAACACCAUCACCAUCAAUAGUUCCAAGUACAGUCAAUGCAGCAAAUACAACUUCAGCAGCUGGUAAUUCAUCAUCACUGAAUAAUGUAUUUAAUACAUUAUUUAGAGGAUCCAGUGUGUUUUCCAAAUCUUUAGAAAAGUAUAAUUUAAGAAUUGGUCAAGAAUAUUUAGAAAAAGUAUUUGGUAAAUUCAUUCUUAAAAUUGUCGAUGAAAAGAGAAAUUGUGAAGUUGAUCCAAGAUAUGUACGAUUACAAGAAAAGGCUUUAAGAAAGGGUAAAUCUAUUGAUGUAUUAGAUAAUGAAGAUAAUAAUGAUAGUGAUGAUAGUUUAGAUGAAGAUUCUGAAGAUGAAGAAGAUCGUGAACAACAUGAAGCAGUAGUUAAGAAAAUGAUUGAAAUUAAUUAUGAAAAUUUACUAGGAUAUGCUGAAGAAUUAUGGAAACAAAUUUAUACUACUUCAAAUGAUUUACCUGAUCAAAUUAAAACUCAAUUAAAAAAUUUUAGAAUUAAAGUUGAAUUAGUAUGUGAUCCUGAUGAUAAAGUUACAUCAUUAAAUUGUUUAAGUGCAUUUAUAUUUUUAAGAUUCUUUUGUCCAGCAAUUUUAAAUCCAAAAUUAUUUUAUCUUACAAAGAAUCAUCAAUCAGGAUUAUCUCAAAGAACUUUAACUUUAUUAGCAAAGAUUUUAUUAAAUUUAGCUAAUAGACAAGAAUUUUCUCCCCAUAAAGAACCUCAUUUAGGUAGAAUGAAUGAAUUUUUAGCUAAACAUCAACCUGAAAUUUAUGAUUAUUUCGAUAAGAUUACUGGUAGAAAGAAUGAUUUUAAUGAAAAAGUCCUUGAUUUAAGUCAUGAUGUAAAUCGAUUUGAUUUAGGUAUAAAGAAUGAUACUAAUUCUGCUGAAUUACCAACAACUCCUUAUUUGAUUGAUAAAUAUCUUAGAUUGACUCAGUUAAUUACGUUACUUGAUUAUAAUCGUCUAAAGCCUUCCAAUCCUGGUGGUUCUACACCUAAUGGAAGUCCUCGAGCCAAUAUUACUAACAAUACUUCUUCUAAUAACAUAGCAGGUUCAAGUUCAGGACCGGAUACAAUAUCGAUAUCAACCAUUCCUCGAGAGAGUUCAAGUGCAAAUUUAAUUGAAAGUUUAACAAUUAAUGAAGAGAAGAAUGUAUAUCAAAUAGGAUCACUUGAAUUUGAAAAGUCUGAGUUUUUAGAUUUAGCUGGUGAUAAUGAAACUGAAGGAUUUAUUAAAUCUUUGUGCAGAAGCAAUGAGAAUAUAUUUUCAUUUAUUAACUCCAAUAUUGGAUUAAAAGAUUUACAAAAACAUUGUACUAAAUUAAUGGGUAAAAUCGAUAGCUUACAAGUGUUUUUAGAGAAUUUUGAAUUCCCUACUAAUUAUUUACCUAAUGAAUUAUUAGAUGAAGAUGAUGUAGAUAUCAGUGGGAAGACUAGAGGAAUAUUACUUCUUGAUGAAGAAGAAGAUGAUGGCCAAACUUUAAGUAAUGGAAUGCAAGCCAUUGAUAUGUUAUGGGAUUCAUUCACUUACUAUAUUUUAAGUAAAUGUUAUCUUGAUAUGUCGACCAAUAGUUUGGCAUAUGUUGAUAGAGAUAGUCAUGUUCCAAAUAAUUAUAAGAAAUUAAUUGAUCAAAAUCCAUUGUCAACAUUAAAAUUGAGAUUUAGUGAUACUAAAAGUAGCAAUCAUAAUGGUAAUGGUAAUGGACAUAAGGGAUUGGGAGGUUAUAAUGAAAGUUAUACGUCAUCUUCAAGUUCCCUAAAUGGAGCUUCAGUCUUAACAACAGGUGGUCCAACCCUGAGAUCCGCAAGUAUGUCACAAUCAUUAAGUAAUUCUAGUAUUCUGAAUGUUCUUAAAGCUCCAACUAAGAACCCAUUCAAGAAAUGGUUAAGUAAGAGUUAAACCAACUUCAUUCAGAAAGAGUACAUACAUAAGAUAAAAUAAAAAUAUAUCAGCCAAUUGUAUUAUAUAUUAUUUUUAGAAUAAAAUACCCUUUUAUUGGAAUUUUAGCAAUUGAUGCAAAAAAAAUAGUAGAGUAGUAAGCACGUGAGGGUAGUGUAUAGUGAUUAAAAGAUAAGACUCUGGCGAUCCUUAGCAGCCGAAACUUAGAGGCGACUAAGGUUCUAGUUACCCCUAUACGCACUGCACAAACAUAGAUUGAUUGAUUGCCGG